AUGGAGUGUCAAACCAAAUCUGGGUCUGAGCGAAUAUUACAGCAAAAUGGGCUUUACAGAACCUUUAAUUUUUUUUGGUUGCUCCCUCAUUCAGACCCAUACCUAGUAAUUUCCUACAACAAACUACAUGCUGAUGAUCUCGGCAAGUUUGGAAAGCAUCUGUGGCAGCUGUUGCUCACCAUCCUGGAAGAUCUGGAUGUCAAGGGUCAACUUACCAUCAACAUGCGCGGUGUCGACAGGUGGUCGAGCCUCAAACAUUUUCUCAAUGUCACAACAAUUGAGUAUGUGGAUGGCAUGGCCUACUUUGACAUUUUGAGAAUGAAGUGCAUUACUGAAGAUCAUAUCGAACAGCUGCAAGGAUAUAUCAAGACUUACAUGGAUUACUGCUUGUCUUCGGCAUUUAAAAAUAUCAGGCAGAAGGAAACACUCAAUAAAUCCAAGACUUGUGUUGGCGAAGGUUUCCAUCAAGAGGUGCAGGAGGCAUACAAACAAACAAACUAUAAGGACACUGAACCUCAGAUGGCUAGGAUUGAUGAAAAUCUAGAAGCAGUGACAUGUAUUCACAUGCUUAUAGACGAUGCGAGCCAACAUGAGAGCACGCUGGCAAAGACGACUGGAUCCAACAAAGUUCAAUCCAGUUCAAAUGCGACUCAGAUCUGCGGUACACUGGCAAGGUCUAAUGAACACUGGAUCCUGGGAUCACCAGCUGCUGGGAUCACAGAUGCGAAGGGAUUAGCGGAUGAGCUUGUUGCUCAUGGAUUUGUAAAUGAGGCUAUGGAAUUUCAGAACACCUUGUUCAAUUUUCUCAGGAAGAAUAUCUCACCAGAUUAUGUGAAGGACAGCCAUCUUCAUGUAUUGACCGCAUUCCACAAGGUUUAA